CCCGUUUCCGUUCCACGAGUCGUCUCUCCCCUUCGAUUCGAACUCUCCCCACAAACACAAAACCAAACCCAUCGACGGAGACCACACCACGACUCAAAUCUAGGGUUGCUUCGCUCGCUCGCUCGCUCUGCCCAUGGCCGACCCGCCCCCGCCCCCGGACGCGCAGCCGCCCGCCGCCGACAAGGCCCCUGCCGCGCCGCUGACGCCCGAGGCCGAGGAUGCGCCGGAGCAGGAGGCCGAGUCGGAGGUGGACGAGGAGUACGUGAGCGACCCCGACGACGCUCUCCCGGAGAUGCGCCGCCGGGAGGCAAGCGACGACGAGGGGUCCGAGGACGGCAGGCGCCCGCCCAGGGCGCGGAUCGACCCCGACCACGACCACGACGGCCAGGGCGCCCCGGAGGAUUACGAGGGCGAGGUGGAAGAUGACGAGGAGGAGGAGGAGUACUACGAUGAUUUGCUGGAGGAGGAGGCGGCCGAGGGGCUGGAGGAGGAGGAGUACGAUGGUCGCGCGGUGCCGCCCAAGGAGGUAGCCGCCGGCCAGGGGGAGGAAGGUGAGAAAGCUGUGGUGGAGGGAGAGGAGGCUGAUGGGGAAGAGAAGAAGGAGCAGGAGCCCUUCGCUGUGCCCACCUCUGGCGCCUUCUACAUGCACGAUGACCGCUUCGCCGAGAACGGCCGCGGCGGCGGCGGACGCAGGCGAAUGCUUGGUGGGAGGAAGUUAUGGGAUGCUAAAGACGAUCAAGCUUGGGUGCACGACAGAUUUGAGGAGAUGAACGUGCACGAUAGAUUUGAUGAGCGCUAUGAAGAUAAGCGAGGCUCAAGAGGUCGUUUUAGAGGUCGUGGUGGUGGAGGCAGAACCCGAGGCACUGCUCGUGGGUCUUCCAGAGGAGGGAGGUACCGCAGUUAUCAUGAAGAUAGCGAAAACCAAAACCUUGGUGACAGCCAAAACCGGCCCCAAAAGGUUGUCCGAGGGAGAGGACCCAGACGUUAUGAUGCAAUAGUAAAGAAUACCCGAGAGGUUGUUGGAUACCAACGGAAACAACCAGCAAGAUCUCGUGAACCCGCUGCUCAUUCUGCAUUGGACAGAGAGGCUGGCCAAAUUUCAAAUGCACAUUCUGAUGCAGUUCCUGCUAAAAAGAAUGUUGUCAAUUCAAGCUUAAAUUCUGCGUCGCCACCAUUUUAUCCCUCUGGCGCAUCCAACCAUGCGGGUGCUCAAAGAAGGGACAUGCAAGCAGGAGGUUCUAAUAACAUGAAGCAAUCUGGUCCAAUAGUUAGAGGGAGAGGAACCACAGAUUACGGUGGACGGGAUAGGUUUCAUGCCGAGGGUCAUGUUAGACCAUCUCCUACUAGAACUACUGGAGCUUCGUCAAAUUCAUCAGGGUUUGCGGCCUCCGCAGUCAAUGCUGGCCAAUCCCCUACUGUCAGGGCUCAAGGGGGAAAUUCAAGCAUCGGGGUUCCUUCACAUAAUCAGCCAACUUCAUCAUUUCACCAAACGUCUAGGACCUCUGCACAGCAGCAAAAUCACACCUCAGUCAUGCACCAGAAGUCAGGCCAAGUACCUACUCAACCUGCAACGAGAAUUCCAACUCAGCAUUUGAGCCAUCGGAGCAAUCCUUCACCGACUGCUCAGCAUCUACCUGCUAGAUCAACUGAAAGUGGCGAGAAUGGUUCCUAUCCUAGUUCAAACCAAUCCAAGACUACAUCAUCUGAGGUGGAAAAAACUAAUAAAGAAAUUGGACGAGGUUCGUUCAUGUAUGGUGGAGCCCAGAUUAUCGGUUCUGCUGGAGCUGCUGGUCUUGCCCAGGGCGAGCAAAAUAAUUUUCCUGGCACUCCAGCUCUUCUGCCAGUGAUGCAAUUUGCCGGCCAGCAUCCAGGUGGGCUUGGAGUUGGUAUGGCCCUCCCUGGUUAUGUGGCUCAACAGCAGCUGGGAAUGGGAAAUAAUGAAAUGGCAUGGUUGCCACUAUUGGCUGGCGCAGCUGGGGCUUUUGGAGGAUCAUAUCCACCUUACAUUACCCUCGAUCCAAGCUUUUACUCUAGGUCUUCAGGGCAAACUUCAUCCUCCAUUCCAUCCAGGGAAGCUAACGUUAACAAAGCGGCUAAAUCUCCUCCGGAAAGUGAUAUUGUGACUGAAGAGCUUGAUCAGCGACAGAACAAGCCCAGAAGAUACUCAGAGAUGAACUUCAGUCAGUGAAGCACCAUGUAAGGGGAAUUGCAUCUGAAUAAGCACAAUGGCCGUAUUUUAGGCUGGCCCGCUGUGAUCUCCAGUUAUGAUCUGGAGCACUUUGGGUGGCUUUGUGUCCUAAAUUAUAUUAGGUCUUAUAAAUGCCUGCUCGCGCUGUGGGUACGUCACUUCACAGCAGAGCAGGGGUGGCAUUUGUUGCUUGAGUUGUGAUGUUGCUCGGUCCUGAUGCGUCUGGAAAUGUCAAAUUCGUUGGUGGCGUGUGAAGAUAUAUGGGUGGUUCUUGAAGAGAGCUUUGAAUAAUGAUCUGCGAUGGUUGAUAAUGUUUGGGAUUUUAGUACAUUUUGCUAGUGACUCCUGUUGAUGCGAGUCUGAUGUACCCUACCCUCUUAUAGCAGUGUUGACAAGAACAAGCGGCUUUGUUGCGGCAGUUUGUAUCUUUUGGAAUAUGUGGAAAUGUGAGUGAGAUUUGUGA